GCAAGAUCUUCAGUGUUCGCUAGUUUUUGGGAUCGGCAUAUUGUGUGCAGCACGAAAUAGCUUAAGCAGAGUUUGUUUGGGGGCGGUAGAGAGUGGGAGCUUUUCAAACAGCGCGGAAGAAGAAACAUUUCGGUCGGGAACAGGAUUCCGUCUGACUUAAUUAACCUUUCAACAGAUCUGGAUUUUACAGAGAACCGAAACAGGGUCGUUACCGCGCGUCUGGAUCUGACAGUUUCAAGCUGUGGGGGGAGCAGCAUGUCAACUAACUCAUUCUCUUUUGGGAUUGUACGUUUUCUGGGUCUUUAUUUCACUGCGUGUCUUCCAAAGUCGCCUGCGAAGCGAGCGGAGCUUGGUGGAUAGAUUUCCAAGACUUUAACUUGUGAAAGUCAACAUGUUGGGGAAUGUUGGGGUCUAUGCGGCCAAGAAACGGAAGAAGCCCGUUCAGAAAAUUCCCAAACCGCCGCCUCCGGAGGGAGCCAAGUCCAACCCUUCCAAACGGCACAGGGACCGCCUAAAUGGGGAGCUGGACAAGCUGACCAACCUGCUUCCUUUCUCAGAGGAUGUGAGGUCACGGCUUGACAAGCUGUCCGUUCUGAGGCUCAGUGUCGGCUACCUGAAAGCCAAGAGCUUCUUCAGCGCGACCUUGAAGAAAAACAACUCAAGCUGGCUGGGGGACGGAGCCGCUGCUUUCGGGGGGAACGGGAAGAACACUUCCUCGACCGAUGGCGUCGCCAUCUCAGAAGGAGAGCUCCUGCUCCAGGCGCUGAAUGGCUUUGUCCUGGUGGUCACAGCAGAGGGCUACGUCUUCUACGCCUCUUCCACCAUUCAAGACUACCUGGGCUUCCAUCAGUCGGAUGUGGUCCACCAGAGCGUGUUUGAGCUGAUCCACACGGACGACCGCGCCAUGUUCAGACGCCAGCUUCACUUCGCCCUCAACCCCAACCAGUUUGAGUCGGAGCAAGGGGAUGACGGCAUGCAAAGCAGCAGCCAGAUAUCCAGCAACAUUGUAACCUACGACCCCCAGCACAUCCCUCCAGAGAACUCCUCCUUCCUGGAGAGGAGUUUCUGCUGCCGCUUCCGAUGUCUCCUGGACAACUCCUCUGGCUUCCUGGCACUGAACUUCCAAGGGCGGCUGAAGUAUCUCCAUGGGCAGAACAAGAUGGCGGAGGAUGGGACCAGAGCCCACUCCCAGCUGGCCCUGUUCACCAUCGCCACGCCCCUGCAGGCCCCGUCCAUCCUGGAGAUCAGGACAAAGACGCUCAUCUUCCAGACCAAACACAAGCUGGACUUCACGCCCAUGGGCAUCGACACCAGAGGCAAAGUCGUUCUGGGAUACUCUGAAAUGGAGCUGUGCAUGAGAGGCUCUGGGUAUCAGUUCAUUCACGCAGCUGAUAUGAUGUACUGCGCGGACAACCACGUCAGAAUGAUCAAAACAGGAGAAAGCGGUUUCACGGUCUUCAGACUCCUGGCCAAGACCGGGGUGUGGGUCUGGGUUCAAGCCAACGCCAGGCUGGUGUUUAAAGGAGGAAGGCCUGACUUCAUCGUCGCUCGUCAGAGACCCUUAACAAAUGAAGAAGGUGAGGAGAACUUGCGCAAAAGAAGGUUACAGCUUCCCUUCAACUUUGCCACUGGAGAAGCACUCCUGUAUGAUACUGGCCCAAGUCUGGAUGUGUCAGACAUCCCAAGCUGUUACAAUGUCUCUAAAAUCAGGAAGAUGCCUGAACAGAAGGCCCUGGAUCCAAAAUCUCUCUUGGGGGCCAUGCUGAAUCAGGACCAGUCAAUCUAUAUCCAGACACCUGAGUCUGACCCUCAGUGCUCCCUGGAUCAAGCCUUCAUGGACAGUCAUGCACUGGUGAGUGUCCCUGGUGAUGCUUGGCAUCAAGGGCCCCCUCAGUCUAAUGGCAGCAUCAAGCACGAAUCUACUGUCGCAGGCAUCAUGGAGUCCCUGGAGCAAAUCCUGAGCGACAGCAACAUAGGCACCACCCUGCAGGACCUGGACGUGAACGAGAUGGAGCUCAAGGACUGGGAGAACACCCUGCUGAGGAUGAACAUGAACGGUGACAUGAGCGACAUCGAGCUCAACGACAUCUUCAGCAACGACAUCUUCUCCUUCGUGGAGGAGACCCUGUUCAAUCAGAAUGCCGCGAGCUGUUGCAAUAAUGGCUCCGACCAGUUUAACUCCCUAGGAACAGUCCCACCAAACUGUUUCUCCAACAGCCCUCUGGGCAACCAGAGAGCUUUUGUAGGGUCAUCGCAGGGUCUGCCAGCAGCAGAGUUGCAGAACGGCGUAUUGCCUGGAAAUCAAACCGACCACCAAAAUACAUCAUUCUCUGAUCCCCAGAGACAAGGGGUGGCUGUUCCUCAGACUGGCUUUAUUAGAAUGGGAGAGCAAAGCCUGAUGGGAAAAGAUGGGGUAAGAGGCAUGCAGAAAGUCCCACAUGUCGGUCCUCAGAUCCCUGUGAGAGCGAACAGACCUAUAGGGGCACAAUCGGCUGAUCUGUUCUCUCAGUCUCUGAGACAACCACAGCUCAAUGCCCAAAACGGUAGCCAUAGCAACCUGAUGCCUUUUAACUCUACCCAGGGUGGGAUUUGCUUUCAGGGUCAGACCCAGGUGAGGCAUAGCAUGUCUAGCUCACAAACCAGCAAGCUUAACGGCCUGGGACCUUGCCCACAGAAAAAAGUGCGGUCAGCUUCCUCAAGCACCACCGGUCAGGUCCACUCAAGCUCAUUGGUUCCUCCUUUCCAGAACCAGCAACAGCUUGAAAUGCCAACCCAGAAAUUUGAGUGCCAUCAGCAGAAUUUCACUGACAGGUCCAGCCAUAUGGCAAUGAACCAGGAGAACCAAUGGGUUUCCUCCAUCCCUGACAGUAAUAUUGCAGGCAGUCUCCUGGAAGCCUGCACCACAAGCGAUUCCUCCCAGCAAGGCCUCUUGAAUCCCUCAUCAGCUGCCCACCUUCAAGGGCAUUUCUCGGUUCGGACACAGAGUCUACAGUCUCAGGGCCUGCAGUCGUGGCAACAGCGGCAGCAGGCUCCCACGGCAAUGCGAAACGGACAGCAGCAACCUGGGACGCACAUGCACAGCUGCUACAGCCAGGCCCAGGAACUCCAAAGGGACCCGACACCCCUGCAAAACCAGCAGUCAGGCUACAGCUAUGGAACUCAAAAGCCAGUGGACAGCCCGUCCACCUCCUCAAACAGCUGCAUGUUUGAGAGCAUGCCCUCCAGCAUCAACAGGGUGCAGUUCAACAGCAUGGGGCUGGGGGCCUCCAUGUCCUUGUACCAGAAUAUGAAACCACCGCACAACCACAGCCCACCACAGGCAUCCUGCUGCUUCCAGAGGAAUGCCACCGACCCCAUCGCAGGCCCACAGACCAACCCACAGCAGGACAGCUUGUCAUGCCAGAUGACCCCCAGCUUCACCCCAGGAGAACUUAUGACCCAGCAGCAGUAUCUCAGCUGCAACGGGCAGAUGCAGAUCCCAGGCCGUUCACUAGAAGACAAUGGGUCUUUCUCCUUCCCUCCCCUCUCUAAUGGAACCACAUAUUUUCCUGAGAACAAUCAAACCAACUGUUGCGACUUCUAGCUGGGCGUCCUCACCUUCAGCAGCCUAAUGAGAGACCAGAGACUCUUGAAGCUGCAUUUGCAGAGGAACAGAAGGAUAAGACCCUCGUCCGCGAGGCCACCGAGGUGCCUCUGGAAGUUCCCUGUUUUUUUGUUUUUUUUUUUUUGGUUUUUCCCUCCUUUCCUUGGAGGCGUGGAAGUCCGUCAUAACUUCUGUCUUUCUUCACAGCUUCACCCCUUGCAAAAAGAAAAAAAAAACACAAGGCCUCAGUCUCUUCCCCCAGACUGUGGGAGCCGUAAGGGUCAUGCUUUGCAAACAGAGGUUCAUCCGAGCCCGGCAGUACUGCUUCGCACGCAAUUCGCCCAUCUGUCAUGUCAGGAGCAGAACAGGACGUUGUGACGGAAUCUAUUUAUUCGCUUAUAUCUUUUUGCCAUUAUUUUUCAUUAUUGUCCAAAUUUGAAAUUCAACAAAAAAUGAGAGAGGCAGAGAAACUGAUGCCGUGAAACGUGUGUCAGUAUGCGAGUUUUAACGACAGAGGUCAGUGUAAUGAAGUAAUUAAAAGGGGUCAAGGGUUAUUGGGCAAACUCCUGGGAAAUGAUUUGUGCAGGCAAAAAUAUAAUUGAGUAAUUGUAAAAAUAUCCAAACAUCAAAAGUAGAUGAUACUAUAUAUUAAUUGUAUGUAG